AUGCACAUUCAUUCCUUCUUCGCCGUGGCAGGCCUAGCAGGCCUGGCCAAGCUGUCCCUGGCGGACUCAGGCUGUGGCACUGAUAUUCCUCCUGCCUACCCCAGACCUGGAUCCAGCAAGUCGCUGCAUCUGCCCGAUAGCGAUCGCGAGUACAUCCUGUACAUCCCCGAGACAUACGACACCAGCACGCCCGCCCCGCUGUACUUCUCCUUCCACGGCGCGACCAGGGACAUGGCGUCGCAGGAGCAGCUGUCGCAGUUCUCGAAUCCCAAAUUCAACAAGGACGCUGUAGUCGUGUACCCGAACAGCAAGAAUGGGUACUGGCUGUCGAAUCCCAAGGCCGACGCCUCGCGCCCCGAUGAUCUGGAUUUCACCGACCAGCUGCUGACGCAUAUGGAGGAGAAGCUGUGUAUUGACUCGAGCAGGGUAUAUUCGGUGGGGAAGUCCAAUGGUGGCGGCUUCACUAAUGUCAUCGCUUGCAAUGAGACUGUUGGUGCGCGUUUCGCUGCGUUUGCCUCCGUUAGUGGUGCGUACUAUGACGCCGAGUCUGCGCCGGAUGUGCCCCCGUGUGAGCCUGUGAGUCGUGAUGAAGGGUUUCCUUUUCUGGAGUUCCAUGGCGUGGGCGAUACCACGGCGCCUAUUGAUGGCAAUACGAACGACAAUCGCAAGAUCCCGAUCAUUGAUGUCCUCAAUCUCUGGGUCGAGGAAAAUAGGUGCGAGCUGGGCGCUCCCCCGGCGGAGAACCAGACUGUCUUUGAGGAUCCGGUAGUGAAGCACGUCGUUUGGAACUGUGGUGGGAAAGAUGGCAUCGUUCAGCACUACCGGGAGGGCAAUAAUGGCCACUGCUGGCCGAGUACAGAGUCGAACAACCAGUGUCCCAUGGGCAAGUAUGUCUUUGAUGCGACAGAGUACAUUGUCGAUUUCUUCAGCAAGUACAAACUCAACGAAUGA